AUUUAACCAAAUCAACAUUUCUUCCUGUUCACAACAAUUCGUAUUGAUUCGACCUAAUAUGGCUCUAAAUCGCCCACGUAUUGAUACAGCUGCAGUUACCAAAACCAGCGUCGUACUUGGUCACCACAGAGAGCCAAAGACAACGACCUACAAUGAAGUGUUUGAACUCGGUAGAGCGUUUAAAUCGGCUCCGAAACCAAAAAGAUAUGAGCUUUCGUGUGUGGCUGAGAUAUUUCACAAAACGGAGAAACAAUACCCUCGAAGUAUUGCGCAAGCUUCGUUCGGAAAACAGUCGCCAAAAACCACAUGUACUGUAUAUCAACACCGACUGAAAGCGCUCAAAACGAUUAUGGGCAUACACUCCAUCAACUCGGUCCCGAUAGGACCUCAGCCGUCCAACUACGAACGGGAAAACGUCACGGACACGUCACAAAUGAAAACCGAUUACGUGGACCGCCAUCAUAUAUUACGUCGAUGGGUCGAUAUCCAAACUUCCAAUAUACCGACGCUACCAAGGAUAAACCAACAGAGCGAACCUUGGUACCGAGGCCAAACAGAAGCAGCACACCAGUUCAAAUGGCCGUCGAGGGACGCAGACGCAAUAUACCAAGUUCGUUUCAACAAGAACAAAAAAUAAAGAGUUUGCUAUUA